AGCAACCCCUCUGUCGGUAAUUACACACUGAACGGUCUGGUGACGGCGGGUCAGAGGUGUUCAGGGUUAGAUAUAGAGCCCCCUGGUUGACGUUUCUGGGUGAAUUAUAACUAAGGACAACUGAAGUACAUAAAAGUGAAGAAUGUUGGGGAAGAUUACAACAGAUCCACCUUACCUUACCAUCGAUAAUUUCGAGGACUGUCUGUCUUCUGAUGAUGUUCUGGUGCACUUCUUUAACGACUUCCUCAGUCUACCUUCGUUCCCUGAGUGUGUACAGUACAACCAGGAGACUGGUGUGUUUGAGGUGGUCAGUGAUGCAGCGGAGGCUCUGUCUAGGAGGAUCAGGUCAGCCCUGCAGUACUUUAAAUCACAAGCUCUCACUGACCCAACAGAGCUGACUACUAGACCUGUGGUGGACAACCACUACACUGUUCUGUGCUUGGACAGAGAACAGGGAGUGGAGUGGAUCCUAAAAGAAAGACUACCCUUGUUUAUUGAAAGUGACUGCUACUUCGAGUACAGGCAACACUUCCAUGUAGUCACACUGGGUUUGUUUGUGUUCUUUGUGUGUCUGCAGGCCUCCGUAACAGACAUGUUGACAAUGGCUAAGGACAAGGACAAGCAGCUGCCUGUCUGUACCCGGUCUGUGAGAACCCCGGUGUGCUCCCUGGGCCGGGAGGGACAGAGGGGUCCGGCCUCAGCCUGCUUCUCCUGCAUCCCUGACUCGGAGUCCUACGCCCUGUCCUCCUCACUGCUCGUCUCCUUUCCUCUCUCCUCUUCGCUCCCGGACUGUCCUCUCUGCUCUUCACUUCUAGACUGGGACAAGAGACGGGGAGACCACAGCGCAGAGCAGGAGAUGAAAGUCUACCUCACAGAGACAGAGGCAAAGACAGAGAUAGAGGCAGGAACUACAGAUGAGGAUAAUGGGGACCCCAAGCCCCAGAGUCCCACCUGUUCUACCACUGAUGAGGAGACAGGUGGUCCCCAUACAGAGAGCCCCUGUGAGGGAGGUCCAGCCACCAGCCACAGCAGACUGAAGGAGCAGCAGGAGGAGGGUGACCUUGAGUUCCAUGACCUUGAGUUCUAUGAUGUCACUGCUAGUAUCCAUGGUGAUAGACAGGGCCUUGGUGACUUUAAGGACUUCUUAAAGGGAACACUAGGAGAGAAGCUUUUGCGUCUGUGGAUGGAUAUAGAGAGACUGAAGACCCUACAGGACGACAGGAGGAGAAUCAGGCAUUUGGUCCAGAUGCGAAGCUGCUACCUGCUGACCGGUGGCCAGAGCAGUCUGAAUGGUGAGCUGUUGACCAGACUGGGUCUCUCUACCUCCCCCUGCUGGAGAGAGGACAGACUGCAGAGAGUUCAGCCCCGCGUCACUGAGGCACUGCUCUGCUACUGGGGUCCCAGGUUCAGGAUGAGCCAGAGAGCAGUAAAUCCUCUCAGACUGUCACUGUGGAGGAACGGACAGCUACACCCUCCCUCUGGUGUGAACCCUAACCCUCGUUACAUCAACCUCCACCCCCUCCGGCCUCACACCGUUCUACCCCAACCUACCAUCCGCCCAGACACCUCUCUACCCAGAGACCUUACCCCCACACCAGCUCACACACAGACAGGUUAUGCCAGCAGCAGUCCUGUUGUAGGGGCCUGGAGGAUGAAGAGGAUGUUACAGGCUCUAUGUGUGGACUCACAGGCCGGGUUCUACUUCACACGCUACUGUGAACGCUCUGGAAACCCGCUGUGGGAGAAUGCCGUCCACUGCUGGUGUGAUCUGCAGCAGUACCACCAGCUCUUCUACCAAGAUGGACUGGAUCCCUACAGGGUACAGAGACAGGCUCAUUUGCUGUAUUCAACCUACGUGUGCAGUGCUGCCCGUAGUAGCAUUGGGGUGGAGGAGGAGAGCAGAGAGAGGGUGUACACCUGUCUCACUCCCCCGUUUGAGGAGCUGUUUGACUGGGUGGAGGAACACACUCUGACCCUCCUCCUGGAGCCCUGGACGCUGCUCACCACCAGGGACACAGAGACCUUCCAGAAGGUGGCUGUACGGGAGGAGACUCGCCAGGUGGAGUCAGAGCAGUACGGAGAACUGAAGACGCUGUACGAGGAGGCUGUACACAGACUGGAACAGCAUGCUGUGGCCCAGGCCUGCAGGCCCCCUCCUCCACCACUAGAGGUCGCCAGGUCUCCAGCUAUGUGGUCUGCCGUCCCAGAGAGGUACAGAGGGUACAGGUUGGGCUCUCUGCUAGGACACCGCACGGAGCUACAACACUUCACAUCCUUCCUACAGGACCACACCGCCAGUAUACACCUGGCUUGCUGGCAGGACAUAGAGAAUUACAGGAGAAUCCCCCAUAAAGACAAGGCCCAGAGAGAGGACAAGUCCAGACUCAUUAAGGACAAAUACCUCAAUAGGAAAUACUUCUUUGGGCCUGACAGUCCUGCCACCAGACAACAACAGGAGGAGGUGAUGCGUCUGGCUGGUGGCUGGGGGAGACUGCUCCAUGACCGUCUGUGUGCUCCUGUCCUGGUGGACAUUCAGAGCAUCAUCAGGAACCACAUAGAAACAAGAUGGCUGCCUGUCUUCCUGACGACUCCGGAGUUCAAUGAGAGACAGCAGCAGAGAGUCAGGCCUCGGGGUGAAGACGGGGUGUCCGACCAUGUCUACCAGCGACACAGGAACAAGAGAGAGGUGUGGAAGCAGGUCAAGGGGACGUGGAUGACCUCUGCAGGGGAGAUCCUGGUUCUCCGGAGGGCCCUGCUCAACCCAGUCACGUGUCAUCAGUUCCGGCGCUUCGUCUCGCUGAAGGGAGACUUCCUGGAGAAUGACAUCCUGUUCUGGCUGGAGGUCCAGAGGUAUAAGGAUCUGUGUCAUUCCCACUGUGUGGAGGCUGUAGUCCAGGACAAGGUGUCCACCAUCAUCAGCUGUUUCAUCCAGUCCUCCGUCCCCCCGACCCUGCAGAUAGACAUCCCCCCAGAGCAGGCAACACACAUCCUGGAGAGGAGGGGGGAGAUGGGACCAUACGUCUUCAGAGAGGCUCAGAUGUGUGUGUUCAGUGAGCUACUGAAGCUGUGGCCAGAGUUCCUGUCGUUCAGCAGCGGUGUGCAGGAGGAGGAGGUGUUGCCGCUGUUGCAGAACAGCGUGAACAAACAGAGUGCUAAACUGCAGCGUCGCAGGAGGAGAGAGGAGGAAAAGGAAGUGGAGAGGAGAGCCCAGGAGGAAGUGGAGAGGAGAGCCCAGGAGGAAGUGGAGAGGUUUCCAGAGGAGCACGAGGAGAAGCACAAAGGACUACAGGAGAGCAGAGAGCUGCUUUACCCUAGUCAACAGUUGUCUUGGUCCUACUCUAAAUACAUGGUCGCCCUGGAGAGAGAGGAGGUGCUGCUGAGGAGACAGGAAGUCAUCUCCUCCACUGGGACAGACUCGUCCUCUGCCCACAGUCUGAAGUCAAAGGCCAGCAGACACUCCCGACAGAGCCAACACCAGACCCAGCAGAGGACAGAGCCAACACCAGGACAGAGCCAACACCAGACCCAGCAGAGGACAGAGUCAACACCAGACCCAGCAGAGCUCUAACGUCUCCCCCAGGACAGAGCCAACACCAGGCCCAGCAGAGGACAGAGCCAACACCAGGACAGAGUCAACGCCAGACCCAGCAGAGGACAGAGUCAACACCAGGACAGAGCCAAAGCCAGACCCAGCAGAGGACAGAGCCAACACCAGGACAGAGUCAACGCCAGACCCAGCAGAGGACAGAGUCAACGCCAGACCCAGCAGAGGACAGAGCCAACGCCAGACCCAGCAGAGGACAGAGCCAACGCCAGACCCAGCAGAGGACAGAGCCAACACCAGGACAGAGUCAACGCCAGACCCAGCAGAGGACAGAGUCAACACCAGACCCAGCAGAGGACAGAGUCAACACCAGGCCCAGCAGAGGACAGAGCCAACACCAGACCCAGCAGAGGACAGAGUCAACACCAGACCCAGCAGAGGACAGAGUCAACGCCAGACCCAGCAGAGGACAGAGCCAACGCCAGACCCAGCAGAGGACAGAGCCAACACCAGA